UUGUCGCCUCAGAAUCGCGCCAGAGUCGCGCCAGAAUCGCGUCAGAGCCGGGGGGGGGGGUGGCGGGUAGAGGUGUCCCCCACAAUGCGCAUGCGCAGAACCGGGCGCGCGGCGCCAGGGACAGAGUGGAGCCGGCGAGGCGGAGCCAAUGUGCGGCGGAACCAAUGCGCGGAGCAGAGGCUCUGGCGGCCCCACUGCGCUCGCGCCGGCUCGCCCCCUCGCUGCCGGCCAAUGGGCUCUCAGCACCCGCCCCUGACAACGCGGGCCCCGCCCCUUGGAGAAGCCCCGCGGCCUGGCGGACUGCCUCAGUGGCAGCUGGCGGUUUGAGAGCGGGGCCGGGUUGAGGCCUUCGGGCUGCCCGCCGUCAUGAAGCUGACGCGGAAGAUGGUCCUGUCCCGGGCCAAGGCCUCGGAGCUGCACAGCGUGCGGAAGCUCAACUGCUGGGGCAGCCGCCUCACUGAUAUCUCCAUAUGCCGGGAAAUGCCCAGCCUGGAAGUGAUCACCCUCAGCGUCAACAGCAUCUCCACCCUGGAGCCCGUGAGCCGCUGCCGGCAGCUGAGCGAGCUCUACCUGCGGAAGAACUGCAUCUCCAGCCUGGCGGAGCUCUUCUACCUGAAGGGCCUCCCGUGCCUGCGUGUGCUGUGGCUGGCGGAGAACCCCUGCUGCGGCGCCUGCCCUCACCUCUACCGCAUGACCGUCCUGCGCAACCUGCCUCACCUGCAGAAGCUGGACAACCAGGCACCUCCAGGGCGGGAUGCAAUGGUGGGGGGCCCAGCCCUGCUGCCGGGUGCUGGCCGUCGGGGUGGACAGUCAGCCGCCUCAUCCCCGAAGCAGACCGUGCUGAGCGCCGAGGGGACAGCGGGGCCACGGCUCGCGGGGCUUGCUUGCGGUGAGGCCACUGAUGCUUUCGCCCCCUCCCCCUCCCCCUCCCAAGCUGUGACGGAGGAGGAGGUGUCCCGAGCGCUGGUGGAGGGAGAGGAGGUCACGGCCCCCAGCAGACAGCACUCAGGGAAUGGCCCGCCCGAGCUGUCCUACACCCUGAGCGCCGAGGACGCCGCCGCUGAGAUGCCACGGGACCCGCUGAGCCUCGGCGAGGAGAGCAGGCGCCAGACCCACAGAUGUUGUGUGAACAGUGCGGGCGGGGCUCCGCGCCCCUCGGGCCUCACGCCCCGCUGUCCUCCCCCCGCCCGCCCCCGCCAGCGGCACCCAGGGGCAGCUCGGCCUGAAGCGCCCUUCCCGGGACCCGUUUCCUUCCUUCUCGCAGAAGGCGGCCACAAGCAGUCGCAAGAACAGGGCUCGCUGUCGGUUCCCUGAGCCGGUCGUUGGCAGAGGAAUGGGUCAGCAGUCAGCUCAGCCCAGAGGGGACCUCGCCACCGGCUUACGUGGGAAGGGGAGCUGUCUGAACCAGGGUCUGUGGGGAGGCCCGUGACCCCUCAGCACCUGCUCCAGCCCCUGGCUCGGCCUGACCAGAGCUGUCAGGCGCUGUGACCUCCCUGUGGCAUCGUGAAGAGGGGCACCACAGUCCGAGCGGGGCUGCCCGAAGCCACGGGCUGGGCCUCUCUCAUUCAUGCAGUGGCCACUUGAAAUGCAUGCAGAGCUCACAGGAGGUACAGAAGUGGGUGGACUGAGGCCCCGCCCUUGGAAGUACCAGCCCCCAGGGCUGUGGACAGAUGUGGCCGCAGGCUGAAGGCCGACCUAGGCAGCAGUCGCCCCCGCCCUGCCCCACCCCGGCAGGUCACUGUCCCCUCGUGGCAACACUCUCCUCAGUGAGGUGGCCGCGUGGGGCAGCUCAGGGUCCCUGCACACACUUCCCACAUGUUUUGGGAGGAGCCCGAGGCAUGUACCGUCCCCAGUGGCAGGUCUGCCCAGCAGGUGGGCUAAGGCCUGAAGCUCCCCGCACCCUCACUCCCACUCCAGGGCCUCUGCGGCGCAGAGUGGACCAGAGAUUGAAGACACUGGUUCAGCUCCGCACCUGCCCUAAAUGCAAACGAAAGACCAUCAAACCUGCUCAAACAGGACACCUGCUCUGAAAGCAGAGAAGAGAAGGGGCCUGGCUCUGCCACCGAGGGUCCCGGCCAGGCUGGGUGUCCCUGUGGGCAUGAAGCCCCCCACAAGCCUCUGAGUGCAAGGUGCCGGUGGCCAGGAAGACCUGGGGACACGGGGGAGGGCUGGUGAGAUUUGAGGGCAGCAGGAGUCUUGGGGCGUUGCAGAGCCAGGGAUCGGCACCCCAGGCGUGAGCCCCUGAGCCACGUCCUCACGUGUCCACAUGGGCCACACGCUCUGGCUUGCGGCUGUGCCUCAGCUCAUCCCACAAGACGGAUCGGCUCAAGUAGCCGCCUGUGCAAAAUCCUUCCAGAAUUUUCCUAGUAGAAAUGGCAAUGUUUCCCUGCUCAAAUGCAGAUGGAGACCAGGUGUAGCCAUGUGGACACGGGUGCAUCACA